GUCCAAUUAUGAUAAUGUGGCCUGUUUUGAGAUAUUGGGGGCUAGUUUGUAGCAAUCUGUUGAGAAUCGAUUUUUUUUUGAAAAUUUUUUUGGAAGAGCUCUCAAUAUAUAAUUUUGGAGAAGAACUUUUUGGGGCACUCUUGGAGUAGCUCUGAAGAGAACCCCAUUUGAUCUUUAGGGGCUUUGGUUUGAGGGCUAUUGCUGGAGUGCUCACAGCCUCCUAAACCUCAACAGCCUGAAAUCUGUGCUUCUUUCAGUCCGUCCGUGAGAACGACUGGGAAACUAUGAACAACUGAACAUGACACGGUGACGGCACCAUUGUUGCCGGCGAGGGCGAGGUUAGCCACCGGGCGUUCUGGGAGGUUCUCUUGAUUGCGAGCUUAGAGAAGGUCUUUGGAGGUUGAAAAUUAAAGGCAAUGCCGACCAUUGGAUGCUGAUCAAGCAGACAAAGAUGGCCAACUGCAAAGGCAGCUGACAGGAGUAGCAACGUAAUCUCCCACCUGAAAUUCACUUUUCUCCGUCAUAUCAGCACGCGGCACACACCACAUCAAAAAACCAGCAGGCCGACAGUUGCAGGCGCAUAGUACGCAUCAAGUGGAAGCCAACCAUGUCGUCGGCGUCGCCGGAGCCGGAGCCGCACGUGGUGGAGGACUGCCGCGGCGUACUGCAGCUGAUGAGCGACGGCACGGUGCGCCGCAGCGCCGAGCCGGCGUUCCCGGUGGAGAUCCCAGACGGCGACUGCGGCGUGGAGUGGAAGGACGUGACGUGGGAGCCGGAGCACGACCUCAACGUCCGCCUCUACCGGCCGAGGCGCCACCUCGCCAGCGGCGGCGCCAACGACGCGCGCAUCCUCCCCGUGGUGGCCUACUUCCACGGCGGCGGCUUCUGCAUCGGGUCCGGCCGCUGGCCCAACUUCCACGCCUGGUGCCUCCGCCUCGCCGCCGAGCUCCCCGCCGCCGUUCUCUCCUUCGACUACCGCCUCGCGCCCGAGCACCGCAUCCCCGCCGCCCAGGAGGACGGCGCCAAGGCCAUGUCCUGGCUCCGCGCCACCGCCGACCCCUGGCUCGCCUGCGCGGCAGACUUCGCCCGCGUCUUCGUCGCCGGCGACUCGGCCGGCGGCAAUAUCGCCCACCACGUCGCCGCCGCGUUCGGCAAGACCGGCCUCAGCCCCUCCAUCCGUAUCCGCGGCGCCGUCCUCCUGGCGCCGGCCAUGGCCGGCGAGGCCCGGACGCGCGCCGAGCUGGAGUGCCCGCCCGGCGCGUUCCUCACCACCGAGACCUGCGACAAGUACUGCCGUCUCGCGCUGCCCGGCAGCGCGACGAGGAACCACCCGGCGAUCAGCCCGGCGGGGCCACUGGCGCCGGGGCUAGAGGCCGUGGAGAUGGCCCCCGUGCUCGUCGUCGCCGGGGAGCGCGACGUGCUGAGGGACCGGAACGCGGAGUACGCGCGGCGGAUGGUGGAGGAGUGGGGCAAGGACGUGGAGUACGUGGAGGUCGCCGGGGUUGAGCACGGGUUCUUCCAAAGGGACCCGUGGUCGGAGGGCGCCGACGAGGUCGUCCGGCUGGUCCGGCGGUUCGUCGUCGAGCACACGGACUAGGAGUAGGACGGGCGACCUACCUGACUACCUGCCGGAUUAUCAAUCAAUAAUGUUUGCUCUUUGUUCCUGGAAUCGUCAAUCUGAUCACGGAAAGUGACUACCUUUUUUACUGCUCUGAAUGGUGAAGGAGCACCACCGUCUGCUAAAAGUUGUGCCAAAAAAGGUAGUGGGGCUUGUAUCAAGACUAAUGGUGGAGCCUACCAAAAAUCAUUUUCUUCUGGAGUUUGUAACUUA